GGAAGCAUGACAGGCUCUUCGCAGAUCGCGGACCCGGAAUGUAUAAGCUAUGAAGCCACUGAGAUAUUUGCACGACAACUCACGUCGGAAUGGACGCGAGAAAAAACGCCGUAUAGGUUUGAUGAUGCAUUGGAGCGAGCGCGCUCUGCAUCAGAAGAAGAUACAGCACGAAUCUUUCUGGACGCUGGUUUCUCGGCUUGGUUAGCUUACUUUCUUGCAACAAAUAGUUCCACUCGUUAUUAUAAGGGGCAACAAGCUGAACAGCAAACACUUGCUGCUUUCGAGCGGCUAUCCACCGAAAAUCGAAAGGUGGUAGCAACUAAACUCUUUAAUACUAAAGCUCACGAUACUGUUCGACCUAUGAUAGAGCAGUUAUCAAACCGAUUAAAACGUCGCCGUGUCGACAACACCGAGCCUUCGUUACCUAUAUCUCCACGAACGACCGUUUCGACUACGCGACCCCGGAGCGAGACACAAAGCAGGUUGACGGCGAAUCAUCAAACGAUAUCCGAUUGUGCUCUGGGUGGCACAGCUGAGCCUGGACACACGACGACUACGACGAGAUCUUGCUCCGUUUCAGUUUCUCUGCCAAGCGAGACGCUUAAUAGUGUUGAAGUAACGAAGUGGAGUGUAACAUUGUUGAUUAUUGCGCUUGACGCAGCAGGCUCUAAGGCCAGCGAGAAGGAAUUUCCAGAUGGAGGCUUGGUAAUUCGCGAUGCUCGACUCUACGCCGAAAGCAAGACGGGAUAUGCAAUCACUUUCAUAUUUGCGACAGCAGAAGUACUCGCCGCUUGGCCUAAAAUUAUCCUUCCGAACUCACCGGAAUUGGUGCGAAAGGUCGUCAACAUGGAGAGCCCCAAAAUCGGGGUGAACUUCGCAAUUAAAGAUUCAGCUGGAGGCACAAACAAAUAG